AGUCACAGGUUGUUGUGUAAACUGGAGCUGGUGGCAUAGAUCCGGAUAGACCACAGGGAGAAAGGGAUUUCACAUUGUUGUUUUUUUUUUAAAUCCCGUGGGCAAACUGUAGUAUUGGAGUAUUUUUUUCUUCGCGGUGGAUACAAGGAUAACCCACAAAUAAAGGGACAUUUUACUACUGUAGUUUUUACUGUAUGUGUAUCGACGCAGAUACCGGAAUGGCAAAUUUGGGAGUAGCCUAACAAAUCGUAUGGCACACGUUGAUUUAUAAAUCUUACAUUUCCGUUGGGUAAACUUACUGUUUAAUCAACAACAAAUUGAGGAACAACGUAUUUUAUAGAUAUUAACGCAUUUAAAGUGAGCAAACAUGCCGCUGCCGGAGUUGAUCACGGUCACGGAAUUUGUGGCUGAAACUAACGAGGACUACAAAGCGCCCACAACCUCGAGUUUCACCACUAGAAUGUCCCAUUGUCGGAACGCCGUGGCAGCAUUAGAAGAGGUUCUAGAUGUAGACAGAGGAGUACUUCACAAGAUCAAGAAGUCUGUCAAGGCCAUAAACAUCUCUGGCCUGGCCCACGUUGACCAUGAGGAGCAGUACAUUCAGUCUAUGGAGAAGUUCGGAGACAACUGUGUCUCUAGAGAGGAUCCGGAAGUGGGCUCAGCCUUCCUCAAGUUCGCCAUCUUUACCAAAGAGCUCACAGCCCUCUUCAAGAACCUGUUGCAGAACAUGAACAACAUCAUCACCUUCCCCUUAGACAGUCUACUGAAAGGAGACCUGAAAGGGGUCAAAGGGGAUCUUAAAAAGCCUUUUGACAAAGCCUGGAAGGAUUAUGAAACUAAAGUCACUAAGAUAGAGAAGGAGAAGAAGGAGCAUGCUAAGCAGCAUGGGAUGAUACGGACAGAGUUCAGUGGAGGAGAGAUCGCUGAGGAGAUGGAGAAGGAGAGACGCCUCUUUCAGCUCCAGAUGUGUGAGUAUCUUCUCAAAGUGAAUGAAAUUAAAACGAAGAAGGGGGUCGACUUUCUCCAGAACCUCAUCAAAUAUUUCCACGCCCAAUGCAACUUUUUCCAGGAUGGUCUGAACACAGUGAAUAGCCUCAAACCUUCCAUAGAGAAACUGGCUACAGACUUUACUAUAAUCAAACAGGCCCAAGAUGGAGAGAGGAAACAGCUUAGUGAGCUCAGAGACGUUCUCAAGUCCUCCCUACAGUCUGAACAGAAAGAGGAUACCCAGGCCAAGCAGACAGGAUACAGCCUUCACCAGCUCCAGGGGAAUAAGGCCCACGGUACAGAACGCUGCGGAAUGCUGUACAAGAAGAGUGAGGGUCUCAGGAAGGUGUGGCAAAAGAGGAAGUGUUCGGUGAAGAACGGGUUCCUGACUAUCUCCCAUGGAACGGCUAACACACCACCAGCAAAACUCAACCUGCUAACCUGUCAAGUGAAGCGUAACCCGGACGAGAAGAAAAGCUUUGAUCUCUUUUCACAUGACAGAACCUAUCACUUUCAAGCUGAGGAUGAGGCAGAGUGUCAGAUAUGGAUCUCAGUCCUGCAGAACAGUAAGGAGGAAGCCCUGAACGAUGCCUUCAAAGGAGACCAGGACGAGGGAGGGGAGAACAACAUAGUCCAGGAGCUGACCAAGGCCAUCGUCAGCGAGGUCAAGAGGAUGAGCGGAAACGAUGUGUGCUGCGACUGCGGAGCGCCCAAUCCCACCUGGCUCUCCACUAACCUGGGAGUGCUCAUCUGCAUCGAGUGUUCUGGAAUCCACAGGGAGAUGGGCGUCCACUACUCUAGAAUACAGUCUCUCACACUGGACGUCCUGGGAACCUCAGAGCUCCUGCUGGCUAAGAAUGUAGGGAACGCAGGUUUCAAUGAGAUCAUGGAGGCGGACCUGUCUGCACAGAGCGUGACUAAACCCAACCCCUCCAGUGACAUGCAGACGAGGAAGGACUAUAUCACAGCCAAGUACACGGAGAAGCGUUUUGCUCAGAGGAAGUGUGCGGACGUGGCGUCCAGGCUGCACGUCCUGUGUGAGGCAGUGAAGACCCGAGACAUCCUCUCUCUCAUCCAGGUCUAUGCUGAAGGAGUGGACCUGAUGGAGACCAUCCCGCUGGCCAAUGAGCAUGAACCGGGUGAGACAGCACUACACCUAGCAGUACGAAUGGUGGACCGCAACUCCCUCCAUAUUGUGGACUUCCUGGCCCAAAAUAGUGGGAACCUGGAGAAGCAGACAGCCAAAGGGAGCACGGCACUGCACUACUGCUGCCUGACCGACAACAGUGAGUGUCUCAAACUGCUACUGCGGGGCAGGGCCUCAGUCAGUAUUGCCAACGAGGCAGGAGAAACACCAAUGGACAUCGCCAAGCGCCUCAAACAUACGCAGUGUGAGGAGCUGCUGACCCAGGCCGAGACGGGGAAGUUCAACGUCCACGUGCAUGUGGAGUAUGAGUGGCGGCUCAGCAACGACGACAACCUGGACGAGAGCGAAGAUGAGAUGGAGGACAAGCCCAUCCCCCACAGACGGUCAGAGCAGGAACGUCCUGUCAGCUGUUUCGUCCCGAGCAGUGGUCUCAUGGGUCCAAUGCCUGGUGGUCCCAACAUGGCCUCCCUGGCCCGUGACGCAGCCAGCCUGGCCAGAGACAAGCAGAGAGCCCAUCUCCCCAGCAUGAUGAUGAACAACGAGACCUAUGGCACCAUCCUGGAACUCAGCCCCCCUCCCUCCGGCGUGCCAGCGUUACCGGUGGUACCCACCCCUCACCUUCCACCCAGGACAGCCACCAAAGGUCCACGGUGGAAGCAGGCUCCUAUAGAGGGGGUGGGUAGACAGAGGUCCUCCUCAGACCCCCCAGACCCUCACACCCCAGACCCCAACAGCUCCAUGUAUGUGCUUCCUCCUACUGCUCCCCCUCCCCCUGUGAACAAGAGGACUAAUGUGAUGGAGCCUAGAGGCCAUAAGACUGGUCCUCUACCACCUUUACCUCCAGUAUUACCUGGGCCUCCAGUGCCAACGGUCAUCCCAGGAGCACCAGUCCAACCAACAGCACCCCCCUUCAAACCCACACAGCCCCCUCCUGUCCCCGCACACCCCUCUCCUGUCCCCGCACACCAUCCCAGCAGGAGAGCCACAGGGCCCAAGUCACCUAAAUCACCGACUAGUUCAGAUAAACCCACUCCUAAAGGACCUCCCACCAGAACUGCUGGACCAACUGAUGGACCAGUAAAGACUGCACCUGUACCUGGCUCCCCUCACAGCUCUGGUCCCACCCCUCCAACACUGAAGCCCCGCGCCAACCACCCUAAACAGAAACCCAAGAGAGUGAAAGCCAUCUACAACUGUUCUGCUGAUAACUCAGAUGAGUUGACGUUCACAGAGGGAGAGGUGAUCGUAGUGGAUGGAGAGGAGGACCCGGAGUGGUGGUUUGGACAUAUGGAGGGGGAGCCGACCAGGAGAGGGGUCUUCCCUGUGAAAUUUGUACACUUCAUCACUGACUGAUGCAUCUGAUGGUGUGACUGAAGCUGUCUCUCGCCUCUAGGCUGUCUUUAUCUAUGGCUGUAUCAGAAGAGGCUGGUGGGAGGAGCUAUAGGAGGGCAGACUCAUUGUAAUGGCUAGAAUGGAAUUGAUGGAACAGAGUCAAGCAUGUGAUUUCCAUAUGUUUGAUACUGUUCCAUUUAUUCCAUUCCAGACAUUAUAAUAAAUCCGUCCUCCUACAGCUCCUCCUACCAGCCUCCACUGGUCUUUAUGUGAGACUGUGAGUGAAAAAGAUGUGGAAUGUGCACUGUGUGUAUGAUGUUAUUCUCAUGCAUCCAAACAUCAAAAGAAAAUGUCUGCUUCCCAAAUAGUACCCUAUUCCCUACAUAGUGCACAACUUUUGACCAGAGUCCUAUGGGUCCUGAUCAAUGGUAGGGCACUGUAUAGGGAAUGUAUACUAUGUGACCUGCCAACAGAAUGUUCUACAAUUAUGGAAAAUGUGUGACAAACUAUGUAACAACAUUAACCAAAUAAGAGGCAAGGAGAAAACUGUUCAGCCCAAGUGUUGAGAUUCUUCAGUUUGUUGGGACAACUGGAAAUAACUGGAGAAAGAUUCUGGUUAGACUAUGGCUAGAAUUCAAUCCAAUCGCACUUCGUCCACAAUGUGCAUUUUAAAGGCAAUGUUCCCUCGUUCGCGGAGACCACAUUCAUGGUUUACGCUGCACAUGUCUGCUUAAUCAAAGAUGACCUUUAAAUGGUGUGUUGUCCCUCAGAUCCAGUAAUGUGUAUUGUGUUAUUAACUCAAUGGGUAUUGAAAGAGUAAACUCAUAAUGUAAUAAAAAACAUAUUGUACAGACAUUCAAAGUGUUCUACAUAUUACAGAGUCAUUAAACUGCUGUGAAUCACAAACACUUGCCACUGUGCAUGGUCAUCCCUGACCACCUCUGCUGAUGGGAAACUGAUAUGUUUGAUCCUAACAUAGAAAAAAUUCUAAUUUAUCAAGAAAGCAUUUGUGAAUAUAUAUCAUGCUAUCGAAAGGGUUACAGGGUAACUCUGUAUGUACAUUGUUGUAGCUGUACAAUCAUCUUCUCUCUUGUUCUUUACAAGGUCAUUAAAACUUGAAAUGGCU